CUUAUAGAACCGUAUCGGGUGUGAAUGGUCCCCUGGUUAUCUUGGAUCAAGUUAAGUUCCCUCGGUACGCAGAGAUUGUCCACUUGACUCUCCCUGAUGGCACAAGAAGAAGUGGGCAGGUGCUGGAAGUCAGUGGCUCCAAAGCUGUGGUUCAGGUAUUUGAAGGAACUUCAGGUAUUGAUGCUAAGAAAACUUCGUGUGAGUUUACCGGGGAUAUUCUUCGAACCCCCGUCUCUGAGGAUAUGCUUGGCAGAGUAUUUAAUGGGUCAGGAAAACCUAUAGACAGAGGCCCCAUUGUUUUGGCUGAAGAUUUCCUUGACAUAAUGGGUCAGCCAAUCAAUCCCCAGUGUCGUAUCUAUCCAGAAGAAAUGAUUCAGACUGGCAUUUCUGCCAUAGAUGGUAUGAACAGUAUUGCCAGGGGGCAGAAAAUCCCCAUAUUCUCAGCUGCUGGCUUGCCCCACAAUGAGAUUGCAGCUCAGAUUUGUCGCCAAGCUGGCUUGGUGAAGAAAUCCAAAGAUGUGAUGGACUACAGUGAAGAAAACUUUGCCAUCGUGUUUGCUGCUAUGGGUGUGAACAUGGAAACUGCUCGGUUCUUCAAAUCAGACUUUGAGGAAAAUGGGUCCAUGGACAAUGUGUGUCUGUUCCUGAAUUUGGCCAAUGAUCCGACCAUUGAGCGCAUUAUCACGCCCCGUCUAGCUCUGACGACGGCGGAGUUCUUGGCAUAUCAGUGUGAGAAGCACGUGCUGGUCAUUCUGACCGAUAUGAGCUCCUAUGCCGAAGCUCUGCGGGAGGUUUCAGCAGCUAGAGAGGAAGUGCCCGGCCGUCGUGGCUUCCCAGGCUACAUGUACACUGACUUGGCUACUAUAUAUGAGCGUGCCGGGCGUGUGGAAGGCAGAAAUGGUUCCAUUACUCAGAUUCCUAUUCUUACCAUGCCCAAUGAUGACAUUACUCAUCCUAUUCCUGACUUGACUGGAUACAUCACGGAGGGACAAAUCUAUGUGGAUAGGCAGCUGCAUAACAGACAGGUUUACCCGCCUAUUAACGUCUUGCCCUCCUUGUCUCGACUGAUGAAGUCAGCCAUUGGGGAGGGUAUGACCAGGAAGGAUCACGCAGACGUGUCCAACCAGCUGUACGCCUGCUACGCCAUCGGGAAGGACGUGCAGGCGAUGAAGGCUGUAGUUGGCGAGGAAGCUCUUACCUCAGAUGAUCUUCUGUACCUGGAGUUUCUGCAGAAGUUUGAGAAGAACUUCAUUGCUCAGGGUCCUUACGAGAAUCGCACUGUUUACGAGACCUUGGACAUCGGGUGGCAGCUUUUGCGAAUCUUCCCCAAGGAGAUGUUGAAGAGAAUUCCUCAGACAACGCUGGCUGAAUUCUAUCCUCGAGAUUCCACUGCAAAACACUAGCCACAGCUUCAUCUCCAACUCCUUGCUCUGUGAAAUGCUGUUUGUUUUCUUUUUUUCAUGUGUUGGUGUUUACUGGUCGCCCUUACAAUUAAAACCACGAGUAGGUGACGUUUGUGCCAGUGUUCCAAUGUACACUGAUACCAGUUUUUAAAAUAUCCCUUCUUCCACAAGUAUCUUCUGGAUAUUUAGGCCAGCUCUUACCAAUGUGCAAUAGCUCUCACGAAGCUUGGUUUGGUUUUUUUUUUGAACUGGAGCGUUUGUAGCCAUUUCAAGGGAAUGUCUGAGGAUGACCAGAAAUUGCAAAUCUUUACUUUCGAACCAGGAGCACGUGGUUUAGAAAACCCGAAAGAGCAAAUGUGACUUCCUUUGUCCAAAGCAUCUGCUCAGUCCGACCGUACGCAGUUGCCGUGCUGCUGGCAGAGCAGAUGGCCCUCCGCUGUCCUGCUGGUGUGCCUGAGGACCAGGCUGAUACGUGGAAGGCGUGGUGCGUGGCCACAUACCUGCCUGAAAAAUGCAAGUCACUCGUUUUUAACCGUGGCUUAAGAUUCUGAAAGGUGUGUAUGAACUGAGGACACUAGUGGGCACGCUGGGUGCUUUUCUGCUAGCAAAGGGCCUUUUCAGAGGUCACAGGCCAGUGGGUUGCUCUCUGAGGGCAGCAUGAUAAGGCUUAAGUACUGAAUUAGUUUUAAAUUGGAGUUUGCAGAGUAAGUUUCCUACUUACCCUUUGUUUUUUUCCUUUGGAUUCCGGAAAUGCCAGAGAACAAAACGGCGGGAAAGCAUUCCGAGAUGAGUAGCGUCCCAGUGGGCAAACCCGAGGUAACUCGGGGCUGUGUGCUGCUACCCGAGGGGAUCACACGAGAUGUGACAAACCCUCCUGCCCCUGGCGCGGCUGCGCGGGCGGGAGGUUGGCUUUUGAAGCGUGUCUUGUGCGAAACGAUGCCGCGGGAGAAAGCGACUGUACGUGUGGAUGGGUGUUCUGAGCUCUGUUCCCGAGCAUGCUCUAGGUGGCACUGGGUCCCGAGUCGUGUUUGAAACUGUUGUGGUUUGCACUCCCGGCACGGAUUUGGCUAGCCAGGAGAGCUCAGCAUUCCCAAACACUGCGAACUUGGCUAGCCAAUUCAGUGUUGUCGUCUUCAAAUCGGUUCAGAUGAGGCUCUGAGCCCAGUGCUGGCAGGCUUGCUUGCUUUUUUUUCCAGGCUUAAUGUAGUCUAAGCUCUGGUCUAGCUAACCAAAGCAUGUUGCACCUCUCUAAACGCCUUCGGUGCUUGUCUGGGAAGGUGCUAACGUGACUUGAACGAUCCUGUGCUAAUUCCAGCUUUCCCUGACUUCUCCUGUGUGCGGUUCUCUCUAUAGUUUGUUCAGUGUUCUCUGUAACUUGGACGCAAUAGCAGCUUUAUUCCAGUGCAUUCCACCCUAAAGCUGUGUCGAGUCUAUUUUUCUUGAGGUAGGGAUGGGAGGUUGGAAGUGUUGGCAUGAGAAUACUUUAAUGUAGAGAAUAUCUCAAUAAAUUAAAUAUGGAAGGUGUCGAACAAAA